AUGGAUCUCUUCGACUUUGAUGAUGACUUUUUCCUUGAUCCGGACUUAGACUUCGAUUCGGACUUUGACCUCAUGCCAGAUGAAUACCCAGGUUAUGCGAAUUGGGAUUUGUAUGAUGAUGAGGACGAUGAACCAAACGCUGGACCCAGAUGUGGCCUUUGCCAAUUCAAAUUUGAGGCAUUGGACUCCAUUGUUAUUUUCAACCCAUUGAAUCGUUACUUGCCUUCGCCUUGGGAAACCAAAUAUUACGGAACAGAUACCUCUGGAUACCUGGAGACUGGUUACCACUCAUCUUGCGUCGACCAAUUUCCCGCGGAUUUCUCGCUUGGCAACAACACCCAUUUCGACGUCUGGAACGCUACCCGUUACGGAGACUCAAAGUAUAGAAACAUCGGUAAUGAACCUCUUCCCUCCUUUGAGGCAAAUCGUCUACGUCGCUUGAAAAAGAUGUUUGCUGAGGAGGUUAUGACUGCCCUCGGGGGACGUCUUCCCCUUGAGGUCUGCGAGAACAUCGGGCGCUAUUGCUUGAAGGACUACGCAGUGAGACUUCUUAAAGAUGCUUGGAGAAAGAAGAGCCAUUUUGGACCCAGGGAUGCCGCUUUCCGCGUCACCAAGUCCCAUGAGGUAUGGGCACAACACAUCGAGUUCGAGGGUGUCCAGUAUAUCAAGUCUCUUUCAACCACCCGCCGAAACGAGAGCGACACGAAGCUCUUCGGGCCUGCGCACGGCACCCGUGUCAACAUCUACUUUGCCGAAGAUCCUCGGGGCAUCCGUGAAGUGAUUAUGACUCAAGAUGACGAUACCCCAUUGACUCAAGGAGAAGGCUUGACAUGGGUUGUCAACCGCCGAAUUGCCUUUCCAUUCUGGUUCAAAUCCAAGUCCGAUGGUCUCAAAUUACGUGAAUUAGCCAUAACAAGAACGAAGAAGCUUGAUGCCAACUACCGACAGAGGCGCUGGGCUCUUCUGCCCAAUGACUUGGACGAUUGCCGACUCGCUCCACCACUAGUUUUUGACAGGGAAGUGUCAACGGAGCCGAUCCGAGCAGUCGACUGGAACUUACCUGGAUGUCGAGGCUAUUCCAUUCUGAUAGACAUGAAUUGCGUUUGUGACAUCAUCCCGAACAAUACGAGAGGCCCAUCCUCACGGUGGAUGGAUGUGGAUAACGAGCAUCAGGGUGCUUGGAUUUACAUACCUAUUGAUGAAGAUGAGCGAGUCUCCGAGCUUUGGUUUCGAAACGGCGAGUUCCCCCGAGAGGAUAGCACGUUUGGCAAGUACAGAAGUCUGAUUAUACGCACAAGCAAAGGCCGUAGCUUUGUUCUCGGGUCUGACAUCGAAUCUCGCUCUACCAAGAAGGAUGUAUGCAAGUUCACUUACCAGGGGAUUGCUGUGCUGUCGUUAACCCAGCCAUCUCGAAUGUUGUACUGCAAGUCUGGGGCUUGGCCUUCCAGGUUCUGGUUGUGUGUUGACCCAGCGGAAAGCUUGGAUCAGCGCAAGAUCAAUCUCUCUCUACCGAAACCUUCGAAGCCCACUGCUUACGCAGGCAAACAGUUCUUAUCUUCGGCUGUGGAGCUUCGAGAUAUCAGGACAAUCGCAGUUUGCCGAAGCUGGAGAAGCUGUCCGGAUGAGGGAAUCGUCGGCAUACUCUUCACAUACGCCGAUGGUCGUCAACGAUGCAUUGGGCAAAUCCGCCUCGAUCACAUGGAUGCGCCUCUCGCUAUUACUUCGGGAAACAUUUGGCUCGGCUGCGACAAGUCACAGAAUGAACAUCUCCCUGAAGGUUUCUGGCCCCGGACAAACAAGAUCAAGUGGGUUGAGGUGGACAAGCCUUUGCGAGAAAAGGACCGCGAGUAUUUGGAAGUACCGCUCCAAGGUUCUCUAGAAUGGCAAAGCUCCGAGGGCGCGGGGUUCUAUCAUCACUCAGUGUAUCAUCAUGAGAGCAGCGAUCUACAGGAUAUGGUGGAUGAGAUGCACCUAGUGCUGGCCCAUGACGCUGAGUCUGGAGGACGUCCUCGGGGAGUGGUCAAAACGUUCUCUGUGGUUAUUUGA